AUGGCGGGUCCGUCUCCGGCGGCGAUGGACGCCUGGUGGGACGACGUGAACAACUCCACGCUGUGGCAGGACCGCACCUUCCACGCCCUCGCCGCGCUCUACGGCGUCAUUGCAGUCGUAGCCCUAGUCCAACUGAUAAGAAUCGAGUGCCGGGUUCCUGAGUAUGGGUGGACAACACAGAAGGUGUUCCAUUUCCUAAAUGUCAUUGUCAAUGGUGUGAGGUCAACCGUGUUUGUACUGCGGCGGAAUGUGCAACUUGUACACCCUGAGAUAUUUCAACAUGUGCUUAUUGAUUUGCCUGGCCUAGCAUUCUUCACGACCUACGCUCUGCUAGUGCUCUUCUGGGCUGAGAUUUACUAUCAGGCACGUGCAGUGUCGACCGGUGGGCUCCGGCCAGCUUUCUAUACAAUCAAUGGAAUGAUCUAUGUCAUUCAGAUACUACUGUGGCUGCUCAUGUGGUGGAAACCAGUUCAAGCCGUGGUAAUUUUGUCAAAGAUGUUCUUUGCAGCUACAUCCUUAUUUGCUGCCUUUGGUUUCCUUCUCUAUGGUGGGAGGCUAUUCCUUAUGUUGCAGCGUUUCCCUGUUGAGUCAAAAGGUCGUCGGAAAAAGUUGAAUGAGGUUGGCUAUGUGACCACCAUUUGCUUUGGUUGCUUCUUGAUCAGAUGCAUAAUGAUGUGCUUAAGUGCAUUUAAUAAAGAUGCUGACCUUGAUGUUCUGAACCAUCCAAUCCUGAACUUCUUUUACUACUUGCUGGUUGAGAUUGUACCAUCGUCUUUGGUGCUGUUCAUCUUAAGAAAACUGCCACCAAAAUGUGGGAUUGCGCAGUACCAUCCAAUCCAUUAG